CACAAAUCAAAUGUCGCAUGUCAAGAUUGUCAAUUUAAGUCAAAUCUGAAGAUUACUGAAGAUUGUGAUUUGUGCGAGCUUGUAGCUUGAAAUUGUGAAUUAUCGUGAAGCCAAUUUGUGUCCUAUUUAUUAAAUCUAAUUAAGAAAAUGGUUUUAACCAAGGAAUUCAGAAUAUGCAUGCCGAUGACCGUCGAAGAGUACCGUAUUGGUCAGCUAUACAUGAUAGCUAGGCACAGCUAUGAACAGUCCAGCAAUGGGGAAGGGGUGGAAGUAGUGGCCAAUGAGCAGGUCACUGAUGAGGUCAAUGGAGUGGGACAAUAUACUGAGAAGAGAAUCCACCUAUCUAGUCACUUGCCGUACUGGGUCCAGUCCCUGAUACCAAAAAUCUUUUAUGUCACUGAAAAAGCAUGGAAUUAUUAUCCAUACACUAUCACAGAAUACACUUGUUCAUUUAUUCCAAAGUUUGCUAUCUCAAUCCAAACAAGAUAUGAGGAUAAUAAUGGGACUACAGAGAAUUGUUUGGGGAUGACACCAGAAGAAUUGGAACAAAGGGAAGUUGAUUUCCUAGAUAUUGCUUAUGAUGAGAUCAAGCCACAUCAUUAUAAAGAGGCAGAAGAUCCCAAGUUCUUCAAAUCACAGAAGACUGGUAGAGGUCCCCUUGUGGAAGGAUGGAGGGAGACUCACCAGCCCAUCAUGUGCUGCUACAAAGCUGUGAGCGUCAAAUUUGAGGUGUGGGGCCUGCAGACUAAAGUGGAGGAGUAUGUCCAAGGAGCUAUUCGAGAAAUACUAUUGUUAGGACAUCGCCAGGCGUUUGCUUGGAUGGAUGACUGGUUCAACAUGACCAUAGAAGACGUGCGGGAAUACGAACGUGAAAUGCAAGCAAAAACUAAUAUAAAGUUGAAAUCGACCAUAGAGAGUGUUGAAGGAUCUAACGAGGAUAAGAAUUCGGAUUCUUCCAAACCACAAACACCAAAGAGUCCUAAGACGCCGAAGAGUACGACAAGCACUCCUACAGCUGAAGGCCGGUCGUGGUUCAACUGGUCCUAAGUUGGUCCUAAUCAAAGAGAAGGGCUUGAAUCCUAGCUAUUUAUUUAGUUUUAUGUGUGUUUAGUCUACACCUGUCUCUGUUAUGCAUUAUUUAAUCACACAUCGAAGUUUGGUUUGAUAGAACAUAGUUUAGUCUAGCUUAGUAAUGGCCAAAUCACCAUGCUCCUAGUGUCAAGCCCUUCAGUAAAAGGAAGUGAAUUUGAUCUCAUCUUGCUGUCUCGACAGGGUUUGAUUUUGUCGAAUUGAUGUGUUCACCUAUUGCCUUCGGAGUUAUAUCUUCCACUACCGUCUUUCCUUAUGAUUUCAUAAUUAAUAAUAAUAAUAUGCAAUUCUGUUCCUAGUAAUUUUAUUUGUAAGUUAUACUCAUUGUAGAAAUGG